AGUCACACUGCUGAAUACAUUAAAAGAAAAAAAUUACAAUAAAUAAUACACACACACUGAAGAGAGUAUUGUGAAAUUGAGUAAAUAAUGGAGGAGCUGUUAAAUGAAGUAGUGCCCCAGGAGGAUUUGGAGAGAUUCGAACGCAAAUACAAUCAUGAACACGAACUCGAUGGCGAGGUGACAACAGAAACAAAAUUUGAAUAUGCGUUUUGUUUGGUUCGCAGUCGAUAUACCAACGACAUUAGAAAGGGUGUCAUGAUUUUGGAGGAACUUGCACGCCUUCAUCCGGAAGGCAGACGUGAUUACAUUUAUUAUCUGGCCUUUGGCAAUGCACGCAUCAAGAACUAUGCCGAGGGUCUGAAAUAUUGUCGAGCAUUUCUGGAAAUCGAAUCGAAUGAUCAAGUGCGCUCAUUAGAAGAAUACAUUAAAAAACAAAGCGACAAGGAAGUAGCCAAGGGCAUGGCGGUGGCUGGAGGAGCUGCACUCGUUUUGGGCGGCAUCCUGGGAUUGGGAAUUGCAAUGGCUCGAAAUAAACAAAAGCGCGAAAAAUAGUGAAAUAGUUUUUUUGAAAAAUGAAAAUGGAAUGCAAUUCCCUCCCAAAAAUGUACACACAACUUCACUAUAUAUUAUCACGAUGCGGAGACGUUAAUUAAGCACAACAACAUUGCGCGCCGAUUAUUCCAAUUAUUAAAUAAUAAACCCUUUUUUUCUUCUUGUAAUUAAAUAGUUAAGAAGUAAAAUUGUUACGUGCAAAAAAAAAAAAGAAAACUAAUGUAUAUUUAAAGUGAUAUAUUAUGUCCUGUGCGUCACCAAAGAUGCUAGCGCAAUAAAUCUUCAUAUUGUUAUUCUCAUCGUUAAAAUAA